UUUAAAAUUUUUUAAAUUUUUGUAAACGAUUCUUUAGAAAUUCAGGAAGACAUGGAUGAAUCUUACAUUCAUAGCGAUCCUUUAACGACGUCUUUACAGCAAGUUAAACAUAAUGAGAUUUCUAGUGAUUUAGCUGUUGAUAUUAUUGGAUUAUAUCGAUUGUUGGACUUAUGCAAUGAUGAUGGUUCAAACGGCAUUGUGGACAAGAUAAUUAUCUCCAAGGAACAAUUAAGGAAGCUAUGCAAUGAUAUGGUCCCGUCGAGUUUCAAAUCUAUUUCUGAAAUUAAUUAUACGAAAUUGAAUUCAGUCUCAUUUCGUCUUAUUGGAUGUUAUGGAAAUCGCAAUUUAAUCGCGAAGCUCUUGUUGAAUAGAAAUUUAAUUAAUCAACAAAUAUAUGAUUUGCUUACAGUUACAGCAUCAAUUAAUGAUAUAAAUAAGCCUUCGUUACGUCCAGGAAUUUACUUAUUAAAAGUGAAUUCUAAUUUGGGUUUAAUUAUUCAUUGGCCCGAAAUUGAAUGCUAUGUAAAUUCUUUAAGUGCUGCUUCUCAAAUUAAGAGGAAUAUGGUUAAUUUACACAGAUACUUAACAAAACUUACCGAUCACCAGAUGUGUUUUAUGAACGACAAAGAUUUAGAAAACUUUGAUUUUAAUCUUGAGAAUUCUGAUACUAACACAGACGAUGAUGAUGAUACGGAUGACGAAUAUGAAGUAAAAAUAUGCCAAGAAGAACAAGAAGAUUUCAAGAUUAAUGAUGGUUUUAAGGUGAAUUUGUCUGAUCAAAUCAAGACCGAAAUUAAUAAUCAAAUAAAAGAUGAUAUCCCAUUACAUCCAAUAGUCGUGGAAUCUACUACAAAUCAAUCAUUUGUCACCCGACGACUGAUAAAGAAAAAUUCAUUUGAGCCAAGCGCUUUAUUCGUUUUUAAAGAAGAAUUUCCAACCGAUCUCAAAAAUAAAUUGAAAGAUCAUUAUUUACGUAUUGAUCGUAAAAAAAUGGAUAUGAAAGCAUUAAGAUUAUUUAUUAAAUAUGGAUUAAAAAUGGAAAAUCUUUUAGAUCCGUUGCAAGAAGCAAUAACUGCUGCUAAAAAGCGAAAUGAUACGAGAAAGAAUCGAGAAUAUGAUGUUAUAGUUGAGGAUAUCGAAAUCAUUAAACAAAUGGCAUCAAUAAAACUACGUGCUUUUGAGAGUUAUUUUGGCAAAUAUAUUGUGCAGGAAAAUCCAAUCCAAAUAAAUAUAAACAAUGAAGAUCUUAAAAGAAUCCAAGUAAAAUAUUCCGGAAUAGAAAAUCAAAUUGAAGAAAAAAUUAAAAUCGAUUCAAAAAAAUGGAAAAAAAUGAAAAAAAGAUAUAAUUUAACAUGUAUCGUUAUUAAAAAUAUGUUGGAAAAAAUCAAUGAAACAGAAAAUAACGAUGAAAUGACAAAAUCUGCAAUAAAAACCUUUCAAGAUAUGUUUAAUGAUGAAAUCAGCUCAAAGAAAUUACUUGAAAAAUAUAAACAAAAAACACAACAAUCGAAACUCAACUGGGUAUCUGAUGCAAAGCAUUUGAUAUUCGGUGAUUCUGACAUCAAGAAGGCAAAACAAAAGACCAAUGACAAGUCAGAUGUAGAAUUUAUUCGAGAACUUGUAAAUUUUAAAUUAUUUGAAGGGCAUGAUAAUAUUAAAGAAAAUAUUAUAAAUACUUUUAUUAAAGAAUACCAUGAAUGGAAAAAAGGAAUUCCUAAUAAACUUCAAGUAAUUUUUCCAAAUACUCAGCAUAAUAAACAACUAGAAGAUAAUUUGAGACGAGAAUUUGAAAAAGAGAAGGAAGAAACCGAGAAAUAUAUGUUUGAAAAGAUAUGUGAUGAAAUAGAAAAUAUAAAUAAAGAUGGUACUAUGGUAUUAAAUGUAUUAAGUGUAAAGGAAUCACUUUUCACGCCAAACUAUGACAUUAAAGCGAUAUAUAAUAUUGAAGUGUUACAACCAAAUAAGCUGCAGAUAACUAUUUAUGAAGUAUCAUUAAAAGAAGACGAUAAGUUACGGAUUCAAGAAAAUGAGUCUUAUAUUCCAUAUCCAACUCUUAGGAAUCAAUCUGGCACAUCAUUUCUCAUUGAUCCUCAAAAAUAUGAUUUUAAAAAAAUAUCUCAGUUCGACAGUCGUAAAUUUCUUCUCGUACUUUACAAUAAAGAAAGGCUAAGAAUUGAAAUAUUCUUUGAUACUGCGCAACGAUUAGCACAUGAUUUUAAUUCUAGUAAUUCUCGUUCGAUCAAGACGUUGAAUGCAGAUGAAAAUUUUCUUAUUGCAAUUAAUGAGCCAAAAGGCUUGCUCGCUAUAUAUAAUACGAAAGAAGCUAAGCUUAAUGUAUUUUCUUUUGACGACAGUCGUUCAAGGUUACAUGGACGUAAUGCGAAUAUUCAAUUAUUAAAAUGGUAUGAUGAAAAAAUACCGAACAUUAAAUAUUUUCUAUUCAUCAAAGAUACUGAGGAACUAUGCUUUGUUGAGAAUAGUGGACAAGCACGUAUUUUUAAACUCGUAAAUCUGCAAUUCCGACCAGCAGUUUGUAAUUUUCCGUAUAAUUUAGAUUUAGUAAAUGUUUUAAGUUCUCCGGAUGGUUCUUGUAUUAUGGCAUUUACGAAAGAAAAAUUGAAAAAUAAACCUGAUGAAGAUAAUCCAAUUAUUUUUACUGGUAAUAAAGAACAACACGGUUAUAAAAAUGAUUUUAAAGAAAUUAAUCGUGUUUACGUUUAUUUUUUCGAAAAUUUUGGAGAUUCUUUUAGUAAAGUUAUUGAUUUACCAUUAAAUUUUAACCUUGGAAUUUCUUCAAAUUUCCUGUAUCGAUAACCGACAAACCCAUUUGAUCUCACUCGAUUUACAGAAUGGAUGCUUGAAUUCUUUAUUAGUCACAAUUACUCUUGAAAAAACUCAAUUUAAUUUCCAGAAAUGCACGCGGAAAAAAAUCACUUACACUUCAGAGAACAAACCUAAAUGAUUUUAUUAAUACAUAUAAAUUAAUGUUUGAAAAAUAUCCAAUAGAUAGCUGUAUCGAUCCUAAACAAAAUUGUCCUCUUAGUUUAAAAGUAGUUCUUGAUACUAAUGAUAAUAAUAUUAAAGAAUACGACAAGAAAUUUGAAAAAUAUUUGUUGUCUAAUUCCUAUGCAAAUUGCUGUAACAAGAAAUAAUUUAUUUCAACCACUUAAAGAUGGAUUAUCUUCGGAUGAAAAUUAUUUUAUUGAAGAUGGUCAUCAUGUAGAUAAUAUAGCAAAAAACAUAUCAUUUGGAUGGUAUGAGGGAAUUUUCAAGCAUUUUGGUUACAAAAAAG